AUGGGCUGUACUUCGAGUUUGCCUAUGGACGAUGAGAACGAUCCGUUUCUACAGAGUAAAAGAGCAAAUGAUGUUAUCGAACAGUCUUUGCAAAAGGAAAAACGAAAUAGCAAAAAUGAGAUCAAAUUGUUAUUACUAGGAGCAGGUGAAUCAGGGAAAUCGACAGUACUGAAGCAAUUGAAACUACUACACAAAGGGGGGUUCAGCCAUCAGGAACGGCUGCAAUACACACAAGUAAUUUGGGCAGAUGCUAUACAAUCGAUGAAGAUUUUGAUUAUUCAAGCAAGAAAACUUGGCAUCUCGCUGGACUGCGACGAUCCGAUCAAUCAAAAAGAACUCUUCGAGUGCAGGAGAAUCUUGCUCCAGGCUAAACCCCUAGACUAUAUCGAUGCAAACGUAGCAGGCGGCUCGGAGUUUCUGAGCGAUUACGUUCUAAAAUAUAGUGAACGGUAUGAGGCUAAAAGAAAGGUAAGCAGCACGGGGAAAGUCAGGGCAUUCGAGACCGAAGAUGUACUUGAAGACUGCGAAAGUCAACUUGAUCUGCGUGACAUUUCUCAAAAUCUAGAUGAGCCUGCCAUUGAUGAUACACUAUUUGUUAAAAAGCAGCAGCAAAGGCGCACUGCUAACAAUCAAGAGGUGGCCUCUGCCAUAAAGCAACUGUGGAGCAGAGACAGGGGUAUCAAGCAGUGCUUUGCGAGAUCCAACGAGUUUCAAUUGGAGAGUUCAGCUCCAUACUAUUUUGACCAUUUAGAGAAUUUUGCAAGACCAAAUUAUGUAUGCUCGGAUGAGGAUAUCUUGAAGGGGCGGAUUAAAACAACGGGCAUAACAGAGAAUGAAUUUACCAUUGGAAGUUCAAAAUUCAAGGUUUUCGAUGCGGGUGGACAGAGAUCAGAACGAAAGAAGUGGAUUCAUUGUUUCGAAGGUAUAACGGCCGUUUUAUUUGUUCUUGCCAUCAGCGAGUACGAUCAAAUGCUUUUUGAAGACGAAAGGGUGAACCGCAUGCACGAAUCGAUUAUGCUUUUUGACACAUUGGUAAAUUCUAAAUGGUUUCGUGACACGCCUUUCAUCUUGUUUCUGAACAAGAUGGACAUAUUUGAAGAAAAGAUCAAGAGAACACCAAUAAGAAAAUUCUUCGGUGAUUACCGUGGCAGAGUAUGCGAUUGCGAAGCUGGUGUAAAGUACUUUGAAAAUCUCUUUCUCAGUUUGAAUCGUUAUAAUAAGCCAAUAUACGUAAAGAGAACUUGCGCGACAGAUACUCAGGCCAUGAAAUUUGUUCUAGGUGCCGUGACGGAUCUGAUCACGCAGCAGAAUCUAAAAAAAAGUGGAAUACUAUGA